AUGUUCUGGGAGCUGGCAAAGGAACAGGGACGGCCGGAGCCGCGGGCACAGUGUCAGAGGCUGCCGGAGCUGCGGGCACAGGGUCAGAGGCGUAAUCAGAACUGGCUCUGGACUGUGCUCAAGCACAUUUGUGGUCCAAAGAGUGCUUUGGCCUGCUUUCUGAUAGCUGGGACCAGUCUCUCAGUUUACAUCUUCUACGUAUCUCUGCCUCAGCAACAGAAGUAUGAGGAUCCAGGGCCGUACCACGUGGCUUACCCCCGUCAAUACCGCUUCAUUCUGGACCAUCCAGAGAAGUGCAGACAGCACAAACCAUUUGUGACUGUGAUUGUUCCUACAGCUCUUCAAAACGUGAAAAAACGUAAUGCUAUCAGGAGCACGUGGGGGAAUGACGACCUGGUUAAAGACAGAACAGUGCUGGUUCUGUUUCUGCUGGGCUUGCCUAGUGGAAACGACUCAAAAGCUCAACAGCGCCGCAUAUAUGAGGAGAACCUGCAGCACCAGGACCUUCUGCAGAGCACCUUCAUAGACUCCUACAGGAACCUGACCAUUAAAACCAUGGUGAUGCUGGAGUGGCUGAAAGAUCGCUGCCCCCAGGCUUUCUUCGCCGUUAAAGUGGACGACGACAUGCUGCUGAACAUCAAAGAUCUUGUGAGGAUGCUGCUGAACCCAGACACUCCUCACAGCAACUACAAUACUGGCCGGGUUUGGCAUAACAACGUGGUAAUCAGAGAUCCGGACAGUAAGUUUUACAUCCCUCCAGAAGUGUAUCCCAAUGCCGUGUACCCACCGUACCCUCUAGGAAUGUGCUACAUAAUGUCCAUGGACCUGCCAGAGAAGAUUCUACAAGUCUCCAAAGAAAUUAAACCCAUUUUCAUCGAGGACGCCUACAUCGCCUUGUGUCUCGAACGACUCAACAUAGCUCCCACAGAACCUCCACACAUUGACCAGUUUGUGGUUCAUCCACCUCCACAGUACGAUCGAUGCUACUACUCCACGCUAAUCGCUGUAAUAACCUAUAACCCAGAUGAACUGGUCUCCUAUUGGACAGAUCUUCACAAACCUGGUCCACCCUGUUGA